CAAAACUUACACUCUGAGAGACAGAUGCAAGAGACUCCAGUGUCCACAAGCAAGAUGGCAGGACAGUUAAAGCGGUCCAUGGCCUGGUUUCUUUCUUCUAAACUGCUGCUGCUGGCAUGUUUUGUGGUUGUGGCAGCUUUGCUGUUUCAGAGAACUGAAUACAACAUAAGUGAAUUAUCAGUGGAGAUUUUCUCACAGAUUUUUAAGCAACAGAGCAACGUCUUAAAUGAACAUGGUAUGUACUGUAUUUUGACAUUAGCAAAAAUAUUUGCAACAACAUGUAAAACAUUUAAUGUUCUAUUAAUAACAGAAUUAGGCGGUGAGCUUCGGAUCCUGCUAAUCGGGAAGACGGGUGUAGGCAAGAGUGCAACAGGAAACACCAUCCUUGGAAAAAAGGUUUUUGAAUCUGAGAUCGCCUCUUCCUCUGUAACCACACAGUGUGACAAAGCCAGGGAAAGUGUACAUGGCAGGAAAGUGCAUGUUAUUGACUCUCCAGGCCUGUUUGACACUCAGUUAUCUGAAGAUGAGGUGGUCGAUCGCAUUAAGCUGUGCAUUCCACUCUCUGCUCCAGGACCUCAUGUUUUCCUAGUUGUGAUUCAAAUAGGUAGAUUUACAGAAGAAGAAGUACAAACAGUUAAGAUAUUUCAAACUAUUUUCGGGGAAAAGUCUUCCAGGUACACUAUGGCUCUUUUCACUCAUGGAGAUAAACUCAAGAAGAAAAAUAUUCAUCAAUUUAUUCGCAAUAACACAAAGCUUUUGAAUUUCAUCAGAAAAUGCAGUGGUGGAUACCAUGUGUUCAAUAAUGAAGAUCCGAACCCAAAACAAGUCAUCGAGCUACUGGACCAGAUUGAUAAGAUUGUCACUGUGAAUGGUGGAGAACCUUACACUACAGAGAUGCUUCAGGAAGCAGAGAGAUUAGUAGAAGCAGAGAAACAGCGGAUCCUGAAAGAGAAUGAAGCAAAAAGACAAAAGGAGAUAGAAGAACUAAGGACUAAGUUUGACGGGGAAGCACUUGAGAGAGAAGAAAAGAAACUUCAAGAGGAACAUGAAAUAAAAGCAAGAGCUCAAGCUGAACGAAGCUCUUCAGUGACCGGAUUUAUUGACAAUAUUUUAAGAGGAAUUGUAGGUUUUAUUCAAAACAUUUUUUCUUAAUCAAUAUGUAAAAUUCAAUUUACUUUGAAAGUAUCAGGGUUAACCCCUAAAGGGUGCCUUGCUCUUUUGGUUUAGAUGUUUUGAAAUGCUGUUUGGUUCGGUUCAUCAUUUAGUUUUUUCAUAGAUUCAUGUUUAGUUUGUUCAUGUUUGUUUUCCUUAUUAAAAUACAAUUUAAGUCUUAACCUCUAUGCUUAUGCCUCGCCUGCACCCAAACUAUCGUGACAGAAAGUAAUAAUAUUGUCCCCCCCUUUAUACUGAACGAGUGUCAAAAACAAAGUUAGAAAAGAUUAUGUGAUAUGGGGGUUCUCUGAUCCCAGCCGGGAAAGCUGUCCAGCCGACGGCUGCACAAGAGAGACUCCCGCCUGUGGCCGCACCCAGAGAGAGCUGGGAGGGGCCGGUUUUGGCUCGUGUCAGCAACCAUUGAAGCGUGCAAUAGUGCUACCUCCUUGUGAUCGCAUGCCAACUGGGCACUGACACCGGACCUGCACGUGCACACCUGACAUUAAAGUUAAAGUGUGUGUAAAGUGUGUAAAGGUGUGUAAAGUUACAUAAACACCUUUCCAGCUAAUCACUGAAAUGUUAUGAAACUUUCCAAAGUUUUUAAAAACAGCUUUUAAUAUCUCCUUACAUUUUCAAUAAAUGGAACUGUUCUCUUCCUUUGCUACUAAGUAAAAAUUCUGAACUCCAUUAUAUUUUUAUUUUAAAACCAAUUAAUUACCGAUUUAACCAAAUAUAAAUAUUUACAGUAUCUCAGAAAAGUAAGUACACCCCUCACAUUUCAGCAACCACUUUAUUAUGUGCUUUGCAUGAUUAAAGAUGUACAGCUGUUAUCACUUAGGGUGUACUCACUUUUUUAUUGCCAGCUAAUUUGACUAAAAAGGCUGUACAGUAUGUUGAGUUAUUUUCAGAGGACAGUAAAUCUGUACUGUUAUACAAGCUGCACAUACUCUAAAUAUAUUUAUAUAUCUAUAUCUAUACUAUUGUCCUUUGAGAAGAUAUACUAGAAUGUUUGCUGAAAUUAGAGGGGCAUACUUACUUUUGGGAGUGGGUGUGUAUUCAUGUAUUCCACCCACUCACUCACUCACUCAUCACUCACACGCUGUAGCCUGUAUACAGGGUUGUGGCAGGCCUGGAGCCUAUCCCAGGAGACUCACGGCAUGAGGCAGGGUAGACACUAGAUGGGUUGCCAGUCCAUCGCAGGGCACAAACAUACACACUUGCACACACACACACACACACACACACACACACACACACAAAAAAAAAUGCUCAUUCACACAUUCACACAUAACUGGAGUACCGGCCAUACUUUUUAAUUUUCAGGAGAUGGAUUGAACAGUGCUCCGUCACAACUGUAUCCCUGACCUGCCUGGUGUGUUCCUUGGGCUUAACCAUGCUAUUUGUUUAAUAAUGUUCUCUAACAAACCUCUGAGGGUUUUAUAGAACAGCCGUGUUUAUACUGAGAGUAAAUUACACACAGGUGGAAUUUAUUUACUAAUUUGACUUCUGAAGGCAAUUGGUUGCACUGGAUUUUAGUGAGGAGUAUCAGAGUAAAGGGGGUGAAUACAAAUGCACAACACACUUUUUAGACAUUUAUUUAUAAAAAAAAAAGUUGAAAACAAUUUAUAAUUUGCUUUCCAUUUCACAAUUAAGUUUUACUUUGUUAUGAAAAAUCUUUGCUCGUCUUGCAGAACACUCGCAAACUGCGUUACUCGCAAUCGGAGGUUCCACUGUAUCUAAUUCAUUGAAGCAUCCUUUCUGACAUCUUUUUGGCACAACAACCUUCUAGAUCUUGUAUGUAUGCUACAAAGAUUAUUGAUUUAUUUAGAAAAGUCAAUAUGUUCCCUAGUUCUCCCACAUUAUUCACGGCUCUACAGCCAAUCAGGGGCGUCUGUGAGCUCAUGCAAGCGGAAGGAGCGGAUAGCGCUGUCCUCCGAGUGUGUUACUUCGCCCCAAAAGUGCGUGAGUGAGCAUUUCGAAAAGAUGCAGUUGGCUGGCGUCACGUGGUUCAGACAAAACACAUGAUAGUCUUCAUCCCUCCCGACUGAGUGGUAGUAGUAGCCUUAAUGUGGGAGCCCCCUAGUGAUGGGGAGGAGUUGGACACGACUAAAUUAGGGAGAAAAUCGGGGGGAAAAAAUUAAAAAGCAUAUAAUCGUAAUACAUAGUUAAAAACUUAUUUGCAGAGUUUGAUCUAUAUUCAAUUAAUUUCAAUUAAAUUUUAUUUGUAUAGCGUUUUUAACAAUUGUCAUUGUCGCAAAGCAGCUUUAUACAGUCAAAAGUAAAUUAAGGAAAUUUGUAUGAAAUGUGAAAAUUAUGUAUGAAUUGAAAUGAUUAGAUAGUCCCUUAUAAAAAAGACAAGUUAAAACUCCAUGAGAUGGCAGUAGGAAGAAACCUUGGAAGGAACCAGACUCAACAGGGAACCCAUCCACAU